AUGAUCGGUCUGAAACCUCUCCUGUCCUUCAUCUGCAUUGUAUUAAUCGUACUAACCGGCUGCGGUGAAAAACGCGAAAAACAGGAGAAACCUGAUGAAUGGCACAAGCCCUCCCAAGCUGAUUUCGCGAUUCCGCCUUACGCCCGUUACCUUGAAGGAAUCAAAAUCUGCCUCGACCCAGGACACGGUGGACAGGCUCACCUGCCGAAUUACAAGCGCGGACCAACCGGGCUCCGCGAGGCAGAGGUGAACCUGCGCGUGGCACUGUAUCUGCACGAAUUCCUGACCGAGGUCGGUGCGAUUGUCUUCAUGACGCGCACCGAUGAUUCCUUCGUCAGUAUCUCGGACCGCAGUAAGCUCGCCAACAAGAACGUUGUUGAUUUUUUUAUCUCCCUCCACCACAACUUUUUCAGUAACCCCGAAACCAAUUACACCUCUACAUGGUAUCAUCAAGAUGCAGAUGAUUCCCGCACAAGCUUGGACCUCGCCCGCUAUGUGCAGCAGAGUGUCGUUGAUACGUUGCAGCUGCCGCAAUUUCCGCCAACAGGGCUUUAUUCAGAUCGAUUGGUAAUCCCUUCGGGGUUCGGUGUACUACGUCAGACGAAGCGACCCGCCAUUUUGUGUGAAGCGUCGUUUUAUUCCGACCCUGAAGAAGAGCAACGUUUGAAAGAGAAGUCAUACAACAAGCGCGAGGCUUACGGCUAUUUUCUUGGUAUUGCGCGCUACGUUGCGGCGGGGUUGCCGAAGGGCAUCCUGCUGACACCAGCACCAGAAUCAUCUGUCGAAACAAAAACACCGCGCAUCCAGAUUCGUGUAGCAGAUGGCUUGCAUGAGCGCGGCGCAUGGAUGCUCAAGCGGCAACAGGUCUUCUCCGAUUCCAUCCGCGUCAAACUUGAUGGCACUGUCGUUCCCCACCAGUAUCUCCGCACCGAAGACCUUAUUGUGGUUACCCUACCGAAGCCACUCUCCAACGGCGUACAUCUUGUCGAAACCGAUCUUGUCAACUACUACGGAAAUCAUAGCUUGCCGAACAAGCAGUGGUUCAAAGUUGUCCCACCUGCUGCAAAACUGAAACUCCGCGCAUGGACGAAAACCCUUCCCCCCGAUGGUGCAAGCUACGUCGGCAUCACCGCCACCGCCUUGGACAAAAACGGUCUACCAAUCGCAGAUGAUGAACCAAUUCAUGCUCAGACAUCGCUUGGGCGACUCGCUGAGACCGAAAGCACUUCACAGAACGGAGAAGCACGAUUUUACCUACACACAGACGCGACGCAGCCGCAGUCAGGUCGCGCACAGGGUGAAAGUUGCUUACAAAGACAAAUCAGCAACCAUCACCAUCCGUUUUGA